AUGAUUUCGGAGAUCACUCUGCUGGGUCAAUUCAGAGGGAAGACUGUAGAUGGCGUGACGCAGUUCCUCGGCGUCAAGUAUGCCUCACUUCGAAACCGAUUUGCCGACGCUGAGAUGAUCGGAUAUGCUGAAGGUGAUGCUAUCCUGGAUGCAACCGAAUAUGGCCAUCGUCAGACCAGUCGCUCCUUCGUUGCCUUUUGGGCAAGCAUAUGCUCCUUGUUGACUCCUCACUGGAAAAAGGAUGCGGCGCAAAAUAUAACUGCCGCGAUGAGAGAUGUUCUUAAAGCUCAUCCAACUGAAGCACAGGAGAUCCUUGAGAGAUACGGCCUAGAAGAGACAAUGUCAGAUGAAGUAGCAUUCCCCGCGGUGCUUAACUUCGUCAACGAUGUGGUAGCGUUAGCUCCUGUGGUUGCAUUCGCGAGGACCUGGCAAGGGAACCUCUAUGCUUAUUACUUCAAUGAAAGGAACCCCUGGGAAGGGCCCUGGAAAGGUCAAGCGUCUCACAUUCUUGACCUUGCAUAUCUCUUCCAGAAUUAUAGGGAGUACUUAACUGAAGAGCAGCAAGCAGUGGCUGAAGUUUUUGCGGAGGACUUUUCCAAAUUUUGCCACGGGGUCAGCCCAUGGCCUGUUGUUGAUGAAACCGCCACGAAAGAUACGUUUCCGGUGCGUGUGUUCGGUCCCAGUGACGAAGGACUCACUGCCAAAGUAGAUGUACGUGCGUAUGGUGGCGAAACUAUGCGGAGAAGCACUGUCUUUGACUACGCGGACAAAAUAUCCUUGGACGAAAUGUUGAUGAUUGUGAGGGAAUUUGGUGUAAACGCUUCUGAAACGCUCGUGAUGGCCUGA